UUCCCAGGGGAUCACACUUCACCAGAGUUACUGAUGGCGAAGAAGAGCUGUGGAACUCCUACGGAAAAUUUCAAUGCACAGCCGUCUUCUUUAGUGUCAAGAAUAACUUGUGGAGACUGACUCUUUAUCUAUGGGCAAGGGAUUCCCAAUCCGAGAUGAUGCAUUAUAAGAAGGUUGAUGGAAAAUGGAAGAGUGCUAAUGAGAAGAAACCAGUUAAUAGCGUAUACACCGCUGAUAUUAUGGAAUCUGAACAAAAUUCGUCGGUUCCAAAACCCGUUUUAAGCCUAGAAUCAGUUGUAACUAUUCCUAAUCCUGAAAAGAAAGGCAAGAAUAUUUCAACUGGAACAAUGUAUGAUAAGAAUGCUGAUGAUCUGGCCAUUGCCACAGAAGAAGAUUUACCCACCGGAGGAGCCCUGGCUAAAAAGGCGCCAGCACUUUUCUCUGGCGCUCCUCCCCCGGUUCCGCGAUCUCCAAACACGCUUGACAUUUUGAACCCUGACCCGGAGACAAUAGACAUUCUGGAGCAUGAGGUGAAUGGAGUAACCAUUAAAAAAUUCGAUCCAAAGGAUAUUAAAAUAACGGUACUUGUGGAAGGUCCGAGUGUAAUAGGAGAAUAUGAAUGCACCUCCGUUGAGUUUGUAUUUAAUGACGAAAUCGCCGUUUUGCGCUUUAAGGCAAAGUAUGGAAAUGCUGAGCCAAGUUAUGUCUACCGUGAAAAGGUGGAAGGAGAAUGGAGAAUGACCAGUAGAACUGUUUUUGAUAGAAGAUGUAGAGAGAUGGAUGUAGAUUUAAGUAUCUUGUCAAAGCCAAAUGUGCCACAAGUAGAAGAAGUUGCUCCAGCUCCAAGCAAGUGGAAUCGAUUAAUAUUCUGGAGAUGAUUUGCUCUCUUCGAGCACAC